AUGCAGGCUCACUCUCACUACGGUUCUACUGCCACCGCCGCAGCACCACACCCAGCCAACGGCCAGAACCACAGUGACGACGUGAGGCGGACAAAGAUCCUCCUGCUGGGCAUGCGGAGGAGCGGAAAGACAUGUAUCCAGCAGGUCCUAUUCAACGGCCUGGAUCCGAAACAGUCGAUGUAUGUCGAGAGGACAAUGCGCGUAACUAAGCAUAUCUAUGACACAGUUAUACCGCUUGAAAUAUGGGACUGCCCGGGAGACAUGCCACUGGACGCUCUGGAGGGGGUCGAUUUGAAGGACAUCGACACUGUAAUAUUCGUCAUCGAUAUACAGGACAUGUACCAAGCUCCCAUUAGCAAGCUUGUGUACUCCUUUAUCGACGCUUAUCGGAAGAAUCCACAGAUCAACUUGGAAGUCUUCGUGCAUAAGGCUGAGGCAAUGUCUGACGACUAUAAGAUUGAUAAUUUCCGAUACAUACAAGGGCGCAUACUCGAGGAGCUCGUAGACGAGGAUCCCGAGUUUGAGCAAAUGCCCAUCAAUUUCCAGCUCACGUCUAUCCAUGACCACUCCCUGCACGAUGCGUUCUCCCGAGUAAUACAACGAUCCAUCGAGCCCCUUCCAUAUUUUGAGGACCUUUUGAACGUCUUCUGUGCUAACUCGCAAGCAUCAAAAGCAUUCCUAUUCGACAUCAAAUCGAGGCUGUAUGUUGCUACAGAUGCGUCACCGGUGGACGCGCCAACGCAUAACAUCUGCAACGACUAUCUCAAAAUGCUGAAUUCAUUUGGGCCAUUAUACAAGUCCGCAAUCGCCAGUCCAUUGCACCAUCACACUUCUCCAUCCCCGCGCGCAUUAACAUCGCAAUCACCUGCAACGCUGACGCCAAAAUCCACUCUCCAGAUCCUUCCAAGUCAUUCCGCAAGUCCCCGGUUAUCCCCUCUUCCGAGGUCACUAGUACCAAAUUCGCCUCGUGUACCUGGCUCGCAGCCCGCUAUGUCCCCCGCCGACCCCGGCUCUGCGAGUGCAUCGCAUCAGGCUAGCCCCAGUGCGAAGGAGCUUUUCUACCCGAGCGCAGCGACCGCGCUCUCGCCUUCGACCGGGGCAGGAACAGGCACAAUCAUUACAUAUCACGUCAUUACACCACAAGUUGCCCUAUUAGCGAUUCUUCCGACAGCGACCUUCGAAGCACACCGCGGCCUGGUGGAGUAUAAUGUGGUCUUCUUCAGGGAAGGUGUACAGGAAAUUUGCGAGGUGGAGAAGGAGGUGCGGAGGCGGAGCUCGCAAGGCUGA